UGGGCGGUUGCCACAGCUGGUUUAGGGCCCCGACUAUUGGGGCCCCUUGUCAGGAGGAGGCACCCUCCCUGUCAGGGAGAAGUCGCUACCACCUUUGGCUGCUGACAGGAUCCCCCGGGACAGUGCACUUUCUGCCCUCUGUUGCUGGCGGAGUUCAGUGUCCCUUGUUCAGGGCUCUUGAUAAUGUUUGACCCAGUGGCAACAAUAGUAGACGGCUUGAUUUUAAAGCUGGGCUCAGCCUCCGCAUCUUCUCUCGAGUAGUCACAAAGCCCAUCUUGGACCAGGAACUCCAAUCAUGUCUGUGAUGGUGGUAAGAAAGAAGGUGACACGGAAAUGGGAGAAACUCCCAGGCAGGAACACCUUCUGCUGUGAUGGCCGUGUCAUGAUGGCCCGGCAAAAGGGCAUCUUCUACUUGACCCUCUUCCUCAUCCUGGGGACAUGUACACUCUUCUUUGCCUUCGAGUGUCGUUACCUGGCUGUUCAGCUGUCUCCUGCCAUUCCUGUGUUUGCUGCUAUGCUCUUUCUUUUUUCUAUGGCCACACUGUUGAGGACCAGUUUCAGUGACCCUGGAGUGAUUCCUCGAGCACUACCAGAUGAAGCAGCUUUCAUAGAAAUGGAAAUAGAAGCCACCAAUGGUGCCGUGCCACAGGGCCAGCGUCCGCCUCCUCGUAUUAAGAAUUUCCAGAUAAACAACCAGAUUGUGAAGCUGAAAUACUGUUAUACAUGCAAGAUCUUCCGGCCUCCCAGGGCCUCCCAUUGUAGCAUCUGUGACAACUGUGUGGAACGCUUCGACCAUCACUGCCCCUGGGUGGGAAACUGUGUUGGAAAGAGGAACUACCGCUACUUCUACCUCUUCAUCCUCUCUCUCUCCCUUCUCACAAUUUAUGUCUUCGCCUUUAACAUCGUCUAUGUGGCCCUCAAAUCCUUGAAAAUUGGCUUCCUGGAGACACUGAAAGAAACUCCUGGAACUGUUCUGGAAGUCCUCAUUUGCUUCUUCACUCUCUGGUCUGUUGUGGGGCUGACUGGAUUUCACACUUUCCUUGUGGCUCUCAACCAGACCACCAAUGAAGACAUCAAAGGAUCAUGGACAGGGAAGAACCGUGUGCAGAAUCCGUACAGCCAUGGCAACAUUGUGAAGAACUGCUGUGAAGUGCUUUGUGGCCCCUUGCCCCCCAGUGUCCUAGAUCGAAGGGGUAUUUUGCCACUGGAGGAAAGCGGAAGUCGACCGCCAAGUACUCAAGAGACCAGCAGUAGCCUCUUGCCACAGAGCCCAGCCUCAACAGAACAUAUGAACUCUAAUGAGAUGCCAGAGGACAGCAGCACUCCUGAAGAGAUGCCACCUCCAGACCCCCCAGAGCCACCACAGGAGGCAACUGAAGCUGAGAAGUAGCCUCUCUAUGGAAGAGACUUUUGUUUGUGUUUCAUUAGGGCUAUGAGAGUUUUCAGGGGAGACGAUCAACCCGAGACAGAGAACAAAUAAGCUGCCCCUUAUUACUACUUUUCUUUGGUCUUUAGUCACCCAAUUACUGGCAUUUUUUGCUGCAAACUUUUUUUUUAAAUGUUUGGACUUAAGACAGUGGCAGAAGAUGCCAGUCAUAUCUGGCAACUGGACAAAUGAGUCUCUUGGGACAUGGCACUGGUUUCCCAUUGUCUCAGCCACAAGGUGUCCUUGGACUCCCCUUCUCUUCCCUCCAGAUCCUAGCUCUCCUGCUGGGGGUCACUGGUUUCCUUCUAGGGCUAAAGAGUCUCAAGACUGACUCGAGUCCUUUCCAGCUGCUGCGUGUCCCGAGUCCAGAGGCAGUCACAGAGACCUCUGGCCAGGGAAUCCUAACUGGGCUCUUGAAUCCUUCAGAAUGAAGGAUUGGAGAGGGACGCUGGAGGAUUCUCCUGGCUCCAAAGUGCCAGCAUUGCCAGCCAGUCCUUUUAGGAAUAGGGCAGGUACCUUCCACUUGUAUUUAUUUCUAUAGCUUCUCUUCUUCCCCCCCCC